AUGCUGACUGUGAGUAACGAAAACGAAAAACGAAACCUCAUCCGAUACAAUUUCCUCCAGUGUGAAUACAAACCAAUAACUGUAUUUGAUCCGUUAACCGUAUUGAUUGAAGGCAGUAUCUUCCAAAACCAUAGCGAUGAAUCUCAGUUUGCUUCCGACGCCACCGACUCGAUGGGGACGGGGGACGAAGAAGGUAUUGAAAAGAAAUUCGCGGAACGAGAGCCAAAACUGGUCAAAAACCAAUUCAACUACAGCGACAGAGCUUCGCAAACCGUCGACAUUCGACCGCGAUACCAGCUGAUGCAGACAGAGCCGCCGGCCACUGCCACGUUUUCGGCAAGCUGCAGUCAAGGAAUUAUCUACGAUGCGUACGCCAAUGAGUUCAAAGAGAAAGUCCACAAGGAACCAUGUCCGACAAUCCUUCACCCAAAUGUUAACAAACUGGCUGUCGUCAUGGAGAGGAUGAUAAUUCAGAAUUUAUACGAUCACCUUCUGCAAGAUUUCAAAUAUUAUGAAGAUCCGGCAGAUGAUGUACGAGGUAACAUUGGGUGUUUAUUGCCUUUGUGGAAGUUUACAUCUGAAAUAACGAAAUAUUUAUCCGUGACUAGUUUAUGCUGGAGUCCGCGCUAUUCAGAUUUAUUUGCAGUUUCUUUUGGUUCGUUUAGUUUCAAUAGACAAGGCGAAGGGAUUAUUUUGAUGUAUUCUCUAAAAAAUCCGUCCCAUCCAAUUUACUCGUUUGUUACCGAAUGCGGCGUGAUGACGUUAGAUAUUAAUCCAGUGUAUUCAAAUUACAUGUGUGCCGGUUUCUACGAUGGCAGCGUGGCUGUGUACAAUCUGUGCAAACACACAGGCGAGCCGGAACACCGAUCAGAAAGAAACGUACACAAUAUGUAUGUUGCGCAGAUCCAGUGGGACAAGGAAGUUACGGAAGAACAGUUGUGCUGUAAUUCUGUCUCACCUGACGGUCAAGUUGUAAAGUGGAUUCUGGCUCCAACUGGUCUAAAACCGCACAUUCUGGUCACGUUAGACAUUUCUGACUUCAUCGAAAAAUCUAUGGUUGAAAUGCAAAUAAUGACAUUCGGGAGCGGCAUCACUUUAGAUUUUCAUGAUACUAACAAUCAGAUCUACCUGCUUGGAACUGAAAUGGGUCACGCUUAUGUUUGCUCGAGGGUUCACUCAACAGAAUCGUUGCAAACCUUCGACGCCCAUUAUUCGUCUGUCUACAAAAUCGCCUGGAACAGGUUCCAUCCGAAGAUCUUCAUUACCUGCAGCGAGGAUUGGACAGUAAAAAUCUGGGAGAACGAAGGAACCAUUCGUAAACCUCUGCUCGUGUUUGAUCUUGGCAGUCAGGUGUACGAUGUUCAGUGGGCACCGUUUUCAUCGACCGUCUUCGCUGCGGUCACAGCUAAAGGUCAAGUUUACGUCUAUGACCUUGCCAUCGAUAAAAGUGAACCUUUGUGCGUGCAGGUGGUGAUUUUCCUGAAGAAGACUCGACUGAUGCAUUUGGCGUUCAAUCCAUCGCAUCCUGUUAUUCUGGUUGGAGACGAUAGAGGAGACGUAACUUGCUUAAAACUAUCCCCGAAUUUAAGGAAGGGGCCGAAGGAACGAAAAGGCCAGGUUCCUACUGAUAAAAAAAGCAAGGAAAAGUUGGAAAAGUCUAGGCUUGAUGAGGUUCUUGCUACAGUUCGAGAAAAGUGUGGUUGA